AUGAACAGCGGAGAAAACCAUAGAAGCGCACUUGCGGAGAUAAUCACAAUCUACAGAAAAAUGAAGAAAGGAAGAGAAAUGCCACAUGUAUACAAAAUAAGGAAGGGCAGGGAGAUAGAAGAGACAAGCGAGAUGGUUUCAGAGACUAUCAGAAGCAUCCCAAAAAUAAGAAGCAACGAGAGGGACGACUCGAACCACAUGACUUUCAACUUUUCUCCUCUCAACUCGCUAAAUCCUCUGGGGAGCAAGUAUCUCUUCUACUCCAAGAACUCGGGGCUUGUCCAGUCGCAGAUCCUAGAGAACAUCUCAUCAACCUACCCAGAUACCUUCAAAAACAACAACUUCUUCUGGCUGAACACUUUCAAUCCUUCUGACGGCGAUCUAAGGUCCAUAUGCAACAUGUUUGACAUCCACGAGCUAACAGUCCAGGACAUUAAAGAAGGAAACACAGACGAGAAAAUAGAAGUGUUCAAACACUACACCUUCAUAUCGAUGAAACUCUUGGUGGAGGCAGACCCAACUAAUGACGACAUUGACUUUAACAUUCUCGUGUUCAAAGACUUUGUGCUUACAUUCCACGAUAAACCGUGGAUCAGUGUGCAGGAUACCUUCAACUUCAUAGAGCUUCUAUCAAUGCACACUCCUCUUACUCCUUCGUGGGUUCUGUACUCGAUUAUCAUCGAGUUUUUGCAGGAUAUUAAGUACCUCUCGGAUGGAUGCACCGUAGAAACCUCAACAAUCCAGGACUUGUCCAAGAACUUCAAAGAAACAGAGAUGGCUGCGCUGCUAAAAAGAAACUUCAACGUAAGCUGUCAGAUAAAUGCGCUCCACAUCACCACCAGAUACAAAAUAGAAAUACUUACAGCUAUAAAGAACAGGUGUAGAAAGAGAAUAGUGCCAGUAGUGCAGAAGUACCUAUCAGAGUCCAUAGAAGACCUUAAAGAUCUCUCAAAGAGACUGGGAGAGAACCACAGAGUGCUGGAAAGAGCACAAGAUACAUACCUAGCACUGCUGAAUGUAGCACAGACACAGGAAGGCAAUGAAAUGAACAAGUCAAUGAGCAGGAUGAGCUUAGCUGCUCUGAUUAUUUCACCCUGCCAGUUAUUUUCAGGCAUUUGGGGGAUGAAUGUAAAGGUACCGUAUGGGUCUGAAGACUCCCUAAAGCCUUUUUUUACAAUUGUUUUUCUCUCGCUGCUUCCUCUGAUAAUAUACUUUUACAUGCCCAUCUGGAGAGCUUUUAGACGAAUAUUAUGA